ACAUUAAGCUUCUAGUGUUAAUUGUGCAAAUGUUAUUUUUCCCAUCAAUAAAAAAUAACGUUUAGAACAACGUUUUAUUAUGACAUUAAAUAAUUCUAAGACGUAGGCGUUUUGCCAACAACUGCCAGUGAAACAUUUUGUUUAUAUGUAUGUAUGUCUUAUUUUGGUACAAGCAGCCAAAUUUUCGUAUACCAAAAAAGGGACCCUUUAACCUCAAGGAAACUUUAAUCAAGUUUUCAAUUCUUAAUUUAAAUUUCAUUUAUACUAUUAUCAUGCAGAUUACCAUUUUUUCAUCCCCUAUCGAAACCUUCCACUGUGCAUACAUGUAACAGUUCAUUUCAAAUUAUUUGAUUUUACCAACCCUGUGUUCGAACACAAAUCUGUGUUGCCAACACCUUCAUACAAAUGCAUUUGCUGUUGUCGAAUACAACCCUAUGUUAGCUGCGGCCACCAUUUUGGAAAAGUUGAAAAAAUUAUGAUACGACGUUGCCACAAUUACUUGUUUGAUAGCCAACCAGAGUAGACAUCGUUUUUCGUUUGUGAGUGAAAAUUCUAUUGGUAGAAAAUAAGACGGUACCACCGCCACUGAAUUCUUCUGCAAGAGUUGACCAAUUGAUAAAAAUCCGAUUUUAUUGCAUUGAGGAACAUCUGGAAACUCUUAGGUCCUCCAAAAAGGUAAACAACAAUGAAUGCUAAACGAACCAAAUAUGCGACACUGACAACUACUACAGCCAGUGGGACGAUUAAGGAAGAGGUGGUGCCAGUGCUGAUACACGAUCCAAAUUCAGGCGAGGAACCUCAAUAUGCUUACGCCACAUUUGCUACCACUGAGGAAGCUGAGGCAGCCGUUGCCUCAUUGAAUCAACAGAGACAUCAUCCUGAAGUCAUACAGGAAACGCAAGAAGUUAUUAUCGACGAACAUGGGCGACCCAUUGCCAUACAUCAGGUUAUUACGGAGGAUGGAACUUCUGUUGAAGAAGUAGAAACGGUGGUUGACGAUGAUGGUAGCCAUACCAUAUUGCACAUUGUUCCCACCGGUACCUCGGAAGGCGGUCACGAUGAUAGUUUGGGCAGUACCGAAGAAUACGAGAUAAGCGACGCUGGUUUGAGCGAACUGGUCAAUCGCAACAACAAAACCUUCUACUGCCCCAACUGUGGAAAUUGCUAUGGUGCUGCUGGCUCCCUCAAAUUACACAUGAGAGCUUGCAUGCGCCAAAAACCCGAAGUGCCAGAGGAAGAAAGAAAAUGUAAAGUUUGUAACCGUGUCUUCAAUUCGAUAAGUUAUUUGAAAGAGCAUAUGCUACGUCACACAGGAGAUGGACCUAAGCGCUGUUCACGGUGUUACCGCAAAUUCAUCGAUGAUGAAAAGUACAAAGCUCACAUGGAGCAACAUAAACACCAAGAUAAGCUGGAAGCCGAAGCGGCAUCCUUGAAUAUGGAGCAUGGCUUCAAGAAAAUGGUCGUCAAGGAAUAUACUUGCUCGUUUUGUUCGCAGAACUUUACAGUUGCCUUUGAAGCGGGUGCCGUAAAACGACGAUAUGCCUGCGAUCCCUGCCGCGAUAAAUUCUCUAAUGCUGAGAUGUUAAAGCAACACAAACAGAUGGUGGAUGAAAAGCGUGAAUUCUCAUGUGACCGUUGUGGGCGUAAAUUUGUAUUCGAAGGUUUCCUCCAACGUCAUAUUCCAACCUGUGACGGUACCAUAAAACGGCGACGGGACAUGAAAUAAACCUCAUGAAAGAGAGUUGAAAAGAUUUUGCUUUUUAAUAGAUGUCCUUGUGUCUGUUUCAAUUUCUGAACUCUCUUUUUUUACUUACAUACAUAAGUUCUUUUAUCCUACUAUAAACAAAUUUCUCUAGGCGCAUAACACACAUAGAGUGUCUGUGCAAAUGUUCUAAUGAUUUCUACUUUAUUGUUUACAAUAAUAAAAUAUAAUACUGAUGAAUUUGA